AUGGCUGAAGGUGUGACAAAUCAAAAUGGCGAAUUCCGACUUACCGGAUCGAAAACCGAGAUCUCAACUAUUGACCCGAAAGUGAACAUCUAUCACAAAUGCAAUUACAAUGGGCUUUGCUACCGAAAGUUUGGUAUCACGAUCCCAGACAAUUACAUCAGCACUGGACAAAAUCCACAACAGACUUUUGAUAUUGGAACGAUUAAUCUUGCCAAUCGUUUCACUGGUGAAACAACGGAUUGUAUAAAUUGA